GGAAGUAAAAUUUAUUAUAAAAAAAGAGGAAAGAGAGAUGAUGAGAGUUUAUUUGAGGAAAGAUUUGAUCGGAUAACAAUGUUGAGAUCAAGUUUUCUUCUUUUAUUCCUUUGUUACUCUGCCUCCGCAAUGCUGCUGGGAUGGGUGGAGUCUCCAGGCUAUCCCAACGGAUACCCUCCUCAUGAAGGUUUAAACUGGAGUAGAUGUGCUCCCAAAGGUCACAUUCUGUCUUUGAAGUUGAUCCACCUGGAUCUGGAGGACAGCCAACACUGUGAGAACGAUGCCUUGAAGGUUUACUCAGAUGAAGACCAAAUAUCCAUUCUCUGUGGAACCAUGACAUUUGAGGAACUUGAGUCCACAGUGAACCCCUUUCUCAUCUCCCCCCCUGGUGGCUGCCUGAAGGUUUUGUUUCAGGCGGACUAUUCAAACCCAAAGAGGCAUCACGGCUUCAGAGGUUUCUACACCAUCCACGACUUUGAUGAGUGUGAUGAUGACCUAAUCAACAAAUGCACCCAGUUUUGUCACAACUUUGUUGGAGGGUACCGCUGCUCCUGUCACCAUGGUUACCAACUGGCUGAGGACAAACACACUUGCAAUGUGAGCUGUUCCAAGGAUCUGUCUGGGAGGAACAGAGGUGAAAUAUCCACUCCCUCAUGGCCCGACUCAUAUGCGGAGAAUGCCAACUGUCAGUACACCCUGUCUGUGCAGCCACACCAUCAACUGGUGCUGCGCUUCUCUCAUGCUUUUGAUGUGGAACAAGGUCCUGACGGUCAGUGCAAAGAUGCACUGAGGAUUGUGACUCAAACUGAGACUUUGGGACCAUUCUGUGGCAACAAACCACCUCCAUCACUCAUUUCCACUCACUCAAAUCAUGUCCAGAUCUACUUCACCUCUGAUGGCUCUGGAAACAACAAAGGCUUCAAGCUUCACUUUGGGACAAUGGAAAAAGUGUGCCACCCUGGAGUAAUCGCCUACUCCAAAAUGACUCCCCAUAAACAAGAAUACAAAAGUGGUGACACAGUGACAGUGAUAUGUGACACUGGCUAUGUCGUGAAUUCUCAUGGAGCCUUGGCCCUUUCAGCACAAUUUGAAACCACCUGCCAAAGCGUAGGCGAAUGGUAUCCCAGCUACACCUGUGAACUUGCAGACUGUGGUUUGCCGCAAAUAGAAAGCAACAGCAUCCUUGAGUUAAUGGAUUUACCUGCACAGAAAACUCAAUACAAUGCAGAGGUCCAGUUCAAAUGCAGUUCAGAUUACUACAAUCUGCAAGGGCAUGAUAAAUACACUUGCAAUGCCACUGGUCAUUGGGUAACACCAGAUGGCAAAGCAGACAUGCCAAAAUGCACUGAAGUGUGCGGUGUGAAUUCAAAUCCCAUUAUAGCCAGAAUCUUGGGAGGUGAAAGUGCAGUUCUAGGAAACAUACCAUGGCAACUUCUCAUCAAAUAUCCAAAUAGAGGAGGAGCAUCGCUGAUAAACGAUCAGUGGGCUGUCACGGCAGCCCAUGUUGUGGAUGGAUGUGAUGAAACUAUGAUCCAAAUCUUUGGUGGACUUGUUGAUGGUAAAAAGUCCGAUAAUACAAACAUCCUAACUUGUGAGAGGAUCAUAAUUCACCCUGGCUAUGAAAAAGGGAUAUCCCAUGACACACGAACAAACUUUGACAAUGACAUUGCUCUCAUCAAGUUCAAAUCCAGGGUGAACUUAGAUCCAAACCUUCGUCCCAUUUGUCUGCCAGAUGCAAACAGCGUUGUGCAGGAAAACGAAGUAGGCACAGUGUCAGGUUGGGGAACUACAGAGAAAAGUCGUAAAUCCCGCUCCUUAAUGUAUGCUCAUAUUUCAGCGUAUCCUCUAAGCAAUUGUAGAAACACACCUGACCUACCAGGAGUUGGAACCAUUACUUUCACUGAAAAUAUGUUUUGUGCUGGAGCAGUGGGGAAGGACAGCUGUAGCGGGGACAGUGGAGGUCCUUUUAUUCUGCCUAUGCUGUCUUCUUCUAGAGGGCCUUAUCACCUUGCUGGCAUUGUGUCCUGGGGAGCCCCAUGUAGAGACGGGGGAAACAAGGGCUACUACACCAAGGUGCAGAAGUACAUAGAUUGGAUUAAAAAUACCAUAGAGGAGACUUCGAUCACUUCCCUCUUGAAGAUGUCUGUUUUCAGGACUGCGCGUACAUCUUUCAUCCUCUGGUUCCUAUUGUAUGUGUUGGUGUGUGAGUGUCUCCCGCUGUCUGACUCAGACACUGUGAUGCAUGGGGAGCUCCAUUCCCCCCAGUAUCCUGAGCCAUAUCCCCCAAAUGCGCUGGAGCAGUGGGACCUGACUGUGCCGGAGGGCUUCCAGAUUCGGCUCACCUUCACACACUUGGACAUUGAAGCUUCAGACGGCUGCUAUUACGACUCACUUACAGUUCUUCAUAAUGGAAAAUUGCUCUGGAAGUUUUGUGGCAAUGAGAACUCAGGUGAUGGGAAUCAUCCAGGCCAUCAGCCCAUCUUGUCUCCAGGCAACAGUCUAACCCUCAUAUUCCAGUCAGACGACAGCAACCCAGAGCGCCACCAAAACGUGGGCUUCUUUGCUCACUUCCAAGCCAUAGACGUAGAUGAAUGUUCUGCACCAGAAACAGGAAAUGGCCCACUCUGUUCUCAGAUCUGCCUCAAUACACUCGGCUCGUAUCUCUGUGCUUGUCACCAUGGUUAUGAGCUUCGCUCAGACAAGAGCACCUGCGUUUUAACCUGCGGCGAUGGAAUUUUCGAUGAGCCAGAGGGACACCUGUCCAGUCCGGGCUAUCCAAACCUUUCACCAUACUCACUGUCCUGUCAGUAUGUUAUUUCUGUGAAAAAUGGCUUCACCGUCUCUCUGAACUUCUCUGACAUUUUCCACAUUGAGAGUGUUGACUCAGAGAAUGGCCCACACUGUCUCCAUCACUGGCUUCAGGUGACGCUGCCAAACAAAGAGCCUGUGAAGCUUUGUGGAAAAAAGAGCCCAGGACUGAUUGACACAAACUCCAGUUCUGUCACUUUGGAGUACCACACUGAUAACGAAGGGAUGAGCAAGGGCUGGAGCUUAGACUACAGCACAGGAAGGAUGAAGUGCCCGAUGCCCGGUAGUGUAACCAGAGGAAGGGUUACUCCGUCUAUGACUGAAUAUUUCUACAGAGACCACAUAUAUGUGCGCUGUGACCAAGGCUACAAGCUAAUGAUGAACACUCAGGAGAUCAAGACUUUCUCUACAGUUUGUCAAAGCAAUGGACAGUGGCACCUCCCUCUGCCAGAAUGUCACAUAAUAGAUUGUGGAGACCCAGAGCCUUUGCUGAAUGGAGGAGUGACUUUCCUGUCCGGCUCUCAGAAUCAGUAUCUGUCUCUUGUUCAGUAUCACUGCAAUGAACCCUUUUACUCUCUUGAGGGUGAUCAAAAUGUAACUUUUACGUGUGAAGCUGACAGACAGUGGAGGUCAAACGACCUGGCCGUCACCAAGCCGACAUGUCUCCCAGUGUGUGGUCAGCCAACACAAGAGAUAAGGGACUUUUUGAGGAUCUUUGGAGGAAAAGACGCUCCACAAAACACCAUUCCCUGGCAGGUGCUGCUGACUGUAGGUUCAGGAAGAGGAGGAGGUAUCAUUAUAGCAGACAAGUGGAUCAUGACAGCAGCUCAUGUGUUGGCGCAUAAAGGACAACAAGUUUCAAAAGAUUUGGUGAAAAUGUAUGUAGGAGGCACUGAAGUGGGGGCCAUGAUAAACUCUCCUCUGUACGCAGAGUCCGUUCAUGUCCAUCCGGGUUAUGACUCAGUUGAUGAUUUAUCCUACAAUAACGACAUUGCUCUGAUCAAACUGGGGAAUCCACUCACGUUCAGAGCAGCUGUAAUGCCAGUGUGUCUGCCAGCAAAGGACAGCUCAUAUACGACUGGAAAGAUAGGACUGGUAUCUGGCUUUGGCCUUGUAAAUGACAACGGUUCCCGGAUUCUAACAAAUAGGAUGAAAUAUGUGCAGCUCCCACUGGUGGAUCGUAAGAAAUGCAACGAUUCAUUCAAUUUGCUAAAGGAAAGAAAGCACAAGGUGCCACACUUGACAAACAACAUGUUUUGUGCUGGAACCCCUGAGGGAGGAAAGGAUGCAUGCCAAGGAGAUAGUGGAAGUCCCUUCACCCUGACUGAAAACAAACAGUUCUGGGUAGCUGGAAUAGUCAGCUGGGGUGUGGAUUGUGGGUUGGCGGGGGCAUAUGGAGUUUACACCAAAGUGGUUGAGUAUCUGGACUGGAUCAACAGGACCAUGCAGGAAAACUGAAAGUUACAGUUUUGAAACAGCUCAAGUCAAAAGGAAAACAACAGAAAUUGAUUUAGCCUAUUUACAAAAAUAAAAAAACUAACUAAACACUUUGCGACUAAAUGUUCAGUUGAAUGUUUGCCAUCGUACUACAACACCUGAUCAACUUUAAAUAAACUGCUUAAAAAUAGA